AUGACCCGUCUCAAGCAAAACAUUGCCUCUUUCAUCACUCACCUUCCCAUCCUCCUCCUCCUCCUCGCCACUUCCUACACCUCUCGAUUCACUCUCAUACCCGAGAGAGGUAACCCUCACGGCGCACUAGCCUUCUCCACCUUCAAUUUUCUACACGAACGCACCGGGAAAUGGAAACAUGCGGUUACGGCACAGUACAGUACUAAGUAUUACCCCUGGACUACGAGCCGAAGUGUUGGGUGA